GCACUGAAAGCAGCAUCAGGUGUGAACAGACCAUAAUUCAGCCCAUAAAGCAGCACAAACUCUUAGCACAACUGUGUGUUGAAGAUGUGAGUGAAUGCUUGCUUUCUGCACCCUUCAGCCUGGUUUCCUCCACUUUCCAAUUUCAUCAUCAAAAGUUCUCUUCCUUCCUCCCCCUCCCCACUUUUUCAAAAUGUUUCUUCUAGUCCUUACCUUUGUCUACACAAAACUCCAUAAACAUAAUGCCACAGUUGAAAGAAGUGUUCUGAUGUUAGGGAGAUCACGUAGGAAAACAUUUUACCUUUGGGGAAGGUUUCCUUCUGAGUGAAAACUCGCCUUGAAAGAGACACUUAAAUGCAGUUUUCAGAUGCUCCUGAGACAUUCCUGGCUGUUUCUUUGGGGAGAGGUGAAGGUAGGACAGUUUCCAAGGCAAAGAUGGACCUAUCGCAGACAGCAGACCCCAAGUAAAGAAAGGCACAGUGUUGGUGGGGAUUUAUGCAGUGUUUUGAAAAUGUGGAGGUCAGGGAUGCUAGCUUAUCAGGCCAGCAUGAUCGAAUUCCUUCAAAGGGGAAGCAACUGGUGGACUUCCUUGGGCUGUGGUUAAAUUGGGCUCAUGUUGGUGCCAUGAAGUCUUUGCAGAGCCAGGGAUGCUGGCAUCCUGGAGAGACCUUGCUCCAGGAGCUCAGGAGCUGGUAGGGAUGGUGACAGUAAAGCACUGGUUUGCUGUGCCCAGUGCCUGGGCAGUGCUGAGCUCGGAGGGAGGAACCCAGAACCAUGCCGGAGCAAGGGAGGGAGGCAGGUGAGGAGAAGGGUUGCCCAGGAGCCUGCAGGCCGGGUAGGCGUUUUAUCAAAUUCUUUUCCUGUUUUGCUAUCUGAUCCCACUAAAGACUAGCCAGAGAGAUGUGGAGGUGAAAAAUGGUGGACAGCCAUUUUUCUCCCUUUCACCAUGACUACAAUGUCUGUUUCACAUCAUCAGCAACAUCUGUGCAGGCAUCCUAAUGAGAAUAAAUAAGGUCUUCAGAAAACUGGGUUUAUGAGGCUCCUGUCAUCUUAAUUUCUUUCAUCAUUUAAGUGAUGAUUUUUCACUUACUGACAUACAGUUGUUAUUUAGUGGCUACGUAUUAUUCCUAUAGUGUUCUUUAUGUGCUUUCUGUGUACAAACAUUUGUUUUCAUGUUCCUGGUAUUUCAGUGUGGCUUGCAUAUAAUAAGAUGUACUUGUUCUUGGCUAUUGUGGACUCUUUUUUAAAAAAACGCUUAUACAGAUGUGAUUUACAUGCCAAAUACCCUUUGAGGUGUCUUAAUUCAACAGUUUUUAAUACUCAAAAAGAAUACAGUGUUGAGUGUUUUUCUCCUUUUUCACUAAAGUGGACUCAGGAUUGGGGGUAACUGUCAGUCCCUUGGUUUUGAUUCUUGGCUGCCAGUGUUUACUGGGGACGGAUGUUGGUACCUCCCUUAAUAGAAUAUUGUCAGAGCAUUUAAAAAAUUCUAGUUAAAAAAAAUCCCACAUGAGAUCUCCCCUCUUUACCCCUCUCUAAGUGUAUGGCCUUGUCCAGCAUUUCCAGGACUCUUUUCAUUUGCAGGAUGGAAACAAUGUACCCUCUGAACAACUCCUCCUGAUUCCUCCUCCCUCCAGCUCCCUGCAACCACUGUUCCACUCCCUGCUUCUUUGAAUUUCACAACUUGAGGUAGCUUGUAUAAGUGGAAUUAUUUUAAAAGCUGGUUCACGUUAAAGUACUUAGAACAGAGCUUGGUGAGCAUCCGGUCAACCGCUGGUGCCCACAGACACCUCACUGUUUCUGUGACCGGAUGCUGGGAAGCCUGCUGGUCCACAGGUCCACACAUGAAAUCAGCAUAAGUAGGGACAGGGUUUCACCAUGUUGGCCAGACUGGUCUCGAACUGAGCUCAAGUGAUCCGCCCACCUCGGCCUCCUAAAGUGCUGGGAUUACAGGUGUGAGCCACUGCGCCUGGCCUGCCUUCUGAGAAUUUUGGAUCCUGAAUGAGCUGUAACAAGUUUUUCUGGGUCUUACCAGGAGCCCCAGCCGCCUUGCAGAAACAUCGAGGUGACUUGUAGCAUGACCGAGCUCACUGGCACGUCUUCGCGGUGCUGCCCCCGCCCUGCAAGAAGAGGGGCCAUGCAGUCACCCGUGGACCACGUUCAACGUUUGCGAGGGAGAGAGGGUGGCUCCCACUCCGCCAGCACCUCAUCGCAGCGAGGUGAGGCUAAGAUGAGCAUAACCAGUGACGAGGUGAACUUCCUGGUGUAUCGGUAUCUCCAGGAGUCAGGUUUUUCCCACUCGGCUUUCACAUUCGGGAUCGAGAGCCACAUCAGCCAGUCCAACAUCAAUGGGACACUAGUGCCGCCGGCUGCCCUCAUCUCCAUUCUCCAGAAGGGCCUGCAGUAUGUAGAGGCCGAGAUCAGUAUCAAUGAGGAUGGCACAGUGUUCGAUGGCCGCCCCAUAGAGUCCCUGUCGCUGAUAGAUGCUGUGAUGCCCGAUGUGGUGCAGACACGGCAGCAGGCGUUCCGAGAGAAGCUCGCUCAGCAGCAAGCCAGUGCGGCAGCCUCGGCGGCCACCUCAACCACAGCCGGUGUUUCCCAGCAAAACCCACCAAAGAAUGCACAGACCCCGGUGAAUGGGGAAGAGACCAGAGCACAUGAUAUCAAUAAUCACGUGAAGCCAAUGGAAGUAGAUGGGGAGGUUGAGAUUCCAUCCAACAAAGCCACAGUCCUUCGGGGCCAUGAGUCCGAGGUGUUCAUCUGUGCCUGGAACCCUGUCAGUGAUUUGCUUGCAUCUGGUUCCGGAGACUCAACUGCAAGGAUAUGGAACCUGAAUGAGAAUAGCAACGGGUGCUCCACCCAGCUCGUGUUAAGGCACUGUAUACGAGAAGGGGGCCACGACGUCCCGAGUAACAAAGAUGUCACCUCACUGGACUGGAACACCGAUGGAACACUCUUGGCUACAGGUUCAUAUGACGGUUUUGCAAGAAUAUGGACGGAAGAUGGUAACCUGGCCAGCACCUUAGGCCAGCAUAAAGGCCCCAUCUUUGCCUUGAAAUGGAACAGAAAGGGGAAUUACAUUUUGAGUGCUGGUGUGGACAAAACGACAAUAAUUUGGGAUGCCCACACAGGAGAAGCCAAACAGCAGUUUCCUUUUCAUUCAGCCCCUGCCCUUGAUGUGGACUGGCAGAACAACACGACCUUUGCCUCCUGUAGCACAGACAUGUGUAUCCAUGUGUGCAGGCUCGGCUGUGAACGCCCAGUCAAAACCUUCCAAGGACACACAAACGAGGUCAACGCCAUCAAAUGGGAUCCUUCUGGAAUUUUGUUGGCGUCCUGCUCGGAUGACAUGACAUUGAAGAUCUGGAGCAUGAAGCAGGAGGUGUGUGUCCACGAUCUUCAGGCUCACAGCAAAGAGAUCUACACCAUCAAGUGGAGCCCCAGCGGGCCCGCCACCAGCAACCCAAACUCCAAAAUUAUGUUGGCAAGUGCUUCGUUUGAUUCUACCGUGAGACUGUGGGACGUGGAGCGAGGCGUCUGCAUCCACACGCUCACGAAGCAUCAGGAGCCUGUCUACAGCGUAGCUUUCAGCCCUGAUGGGAAGUACUUGGCCAGCGGAUCCUUUGACAAGUGUGUCCAUAUCUGGAAUACUCAGAAUGGAAAUCUUGUCUACAGCUACCGAGGCACUGGUGGUAUCUUCGAGGUGUGCUGGAACGCCCGAGGAGACAAAGUGGGCGCCAGCGCGUCCGACGGCUCUGUAUGUGUUUUGGAUCUGCGGAAGUAACCACAGAAUACUCUCGAAAAAAGAAAAGAAUUCUAAUGUCCAGCCGUGAAUGUGUAGGGUUGCAGCUCUGUUCACACACAAUUCUAUCAGCUCCAAAACUGUAGGAACUUGACUUGCGUUAAAGUAUACUCUGAAACCAACUCGUCUCUGGCUGCAGGAGUCUAUAUGUUUUCGUAAUCUUUAUCAAGAAGUUUUUAAAAGGCAAGCAAAUCAUAUCAAACGGGGAUAGAAUGGUUUCCACAGAGGACAUUCAGCCCAUGACGCAGGAAGUCACCAGCUCGAGGCAUGCAGAUUGGUUUCCACCCGGAACAGGCUCUGUGAUGGCUGAAUGGAAAGAAAUGGAAAAAGCUGUGCCAAAAAAAAAGCAAAAUGCUGUGAUAAACCAAACAGGGAAGGGAAAAAACCCUCCUCCUUGGGAUUUUUUUAUUGUUUUCCCUAAUAAUUUGGACACUACAGUUGCUCUCGCAAAGGAUGUUCAAAGACCAGUUUGUACCGAAAUACGCAACUUUGUAAUCCCAACACUUUCUAUUUUCUAGAAUAUUCUUUGUUGAUUGGGUGGUUUUUCUAUCGGCUGGAAUUCUGUCUUCUGGGGUCCUUCUGUCUGAGAUAGAAGCUGUCUUGGGCUUGUUGUCUCUUCGCUCUGUCUCUCCCUGCCCCCUCCCUCUGCCUUUCCCUUUUAUCUGGUGAGCUCUGCUUUUUCAGUGCACCCUCAAGAGACAUAGCCAAGUGGACAGGAAGAUGCAAUCUCAUGUACACAGCUUUUGCCCUUCCGCCCUCUCCUACCCUGCCCUCCCCUUGCUCGCGCUCGCUUUCUCGCUGGUGUGCUCUCUCUCCCUCCCUCCCUCUGUACCUUUCUCAUACUUGCUUCAGAUCUUAGGACUCAAGGGCACUUUGGCACAUAAUAAGUGCUUUAUGUAAGAAGGCAGGGCAGGGGGACUUUUUACAGGAGAAAAAAAAAAUGACUUAUAAGAGAAAGAGCCUGGAGUAUUUUUGAAAAAAAAUAUUUUUAUGUUAAAACAAUUUUAAAAUCUUAAAAUGGCCAUCAGACAUAGAGAGCUUUGUGUGAUUCAUAUUUUAAAAAGAACUGAAAAAGCCGCAGGUGGGGCCUGAGGGAGCCCCUGGCUUUCUCCUCAGCCUCAGGAAAGGUGGUCAGGAAAACUCUGGGUGGACAAGAGUCAGUCCUAGGGGUCAGCAGUGAGACUGCUCUGCAGCCAGUGAGGGAGGCCCAGCCAUGCCGGUUGGAAGAAGGACCUUGCAUCUUUUGGUGUGUGUGCACCUUGGCAGCCAACAGGAAAGCAGUGAAGAACCGCGUGCCCUCUGGCCCCGGGGGAGCAUUGGCAGAACCAAAAGGUACUGCAGAAGCCGUCGAAACUGACAGCUCAGCUGGAUUUGGCCUGUUGGCUCCAUCUUUCUCACAGCCGUGUAACGACUGCUGGUCAUUUCUCAGAGCAGACUUGCAGAGCUGACAUGGGCUCUCGCAUGUCACUUAGUCUAAUGCUGACAAAAAUGAAUGCAGAAGGAAGAUUUUCAGUCCUGAACAUAAAUUGUAGAGGUAGAACGUCGCUAAUAAUUUCUGCCAUCUUUCUAAUUUCUUUCUCUCACAGAAGAUUAGGAGAAAGAUCUUUUCUAAAUAAUCAAUCUUUUUGCUGUUUUUAAAAAAUUAAACAAGGCUUUGUGUUCCUAGAAGAGCUUCAUUUCAGUGAAUCUGGUGACCUUUAUCUGCUUGCUAUCAUAACGUGACACUGACUAACUUUUUUAAUUAGCAAGGGGGAAAAGGCCGAAAGACGAGGGCCUCUUCUCCCAUUGGUUUUCCUGUGGGCAGAAGGGCUGAGGAAGUUGGCCCAGCCCAUGGGGGCUGCUGUGUCACCAGCAGUGGGUAAGGUGCAAUCUGGUGUGUGUUCCAGCAGCAAGACGGUGUUAUCAUGAAGGUGGUGUCCGUCUGCGGAGCCAAAACCCAGCCGUCAGGGAAGGGCCAGGGCUUCCUAUGGAACUUGCAAUGUGCCAGGACCAUCUGCAAAAGCCAGGGUGCGGUGAUCAUUCUCAGAUCAUUGAUUGGCCUCUGCUUGGGUAUAUGAAUCAUUCAUGCCCCAGAAGACCAAAAAGUGCUCUGGUUCCGAGAUGAAUAUCUUAUUCGAGCUGUGUUUCCAAAACACUUAGCAAAGAAGACCACAAUGAUGUGGAGUCGCUGCACCCAUCUUUGAAGAUAGCCAGUGUCCCCGGAUGAGGCGAUGAUUUCUUGUCCCAAGGACUCCGUUAAGUUUAGGGUUCAGUUUGUUGGGGUUCAGAUGACACCAUCUUUACCCCACCCAAAUAAAAAGGCACUCAUCUCUACAGAGCAUCUGCUGUCAAAGGCCAGCCUGUCGUCAGAACAUGGCUUGUGCUUGACAAACCAGAAACGACUGUAGGAUGACAGUGGGAUGUGUCACAAGCGAUUCACCAGACAAUCUUCACAUGAAUGUCGGUAGCCAGGGUCUCUCCCGAGGGAUGGCUUUAGUCUUGAUGAAUGUGAACCACAUCGAAAUUGUUAGGUAGAAGCCUGGGCUGGGAGGCCUUGGACCCCAGGCUCCAUCCCUGGCUUCCCCAGCCUGUGGCCACAAGCAGAACCAUGCAUGAGAUGCAGCUAGUGCCCUUCACGUCCAUCCCUGUUCUCAGCAGGACGAUGCCAUGGACAGCUGUUUCUGGAGCCUCCAGUGUUUAUACACCACUACUCACCCUCUCUGCUGUUGGAGUAUUGGUAAAGUCAUCCCUGUAAUCAAGAACUGGCCUGUGGAAUGUUAUUGUUCAAUGUUGUUUACAGCUCUUAAAAUGUGGUGAGGAAUGCCUAAGUCUUAGUGACCAAACUUGACCUUGAAAGCAGACAUAGCACGACAGACCUUCCAGGAGUCUUUGCUUGGGUUCAAAGUGACCGAGAGUCAGGUCCAGCACACACCUGGGAAAGGGAUGCCGCCCCAAGGGGGACCAAAAGGGCCGGACGUUACAGGGUGAAACCCUCUGACCCCUUGCAACACCGUAGGACUUGACUUCUUUAGUUUUUCUAAGAAAUAGAUCAUGGAGCCAAGUGAAGUGCACUUUGUCAAAUGUAAGGGUCUGCUUUGUUCUUGUUGCUUUUCUCUUAACCUUUUCUUCCGCCAUUAAAAAAAAAGCUUAUGUUUCUUGUCAAAUGCAGAAAUGUUCUUUCCGCCACUCACUGAAGUUUUGCAUUCUGGCUUGUGCAGUUUUUAUUGUCUGUGUCAGACGUACAGCCAGGCGUGUUCUCUAUUGGCAUUUUUCAGAUUCUGUUCAGAUGACACUGACCUCCAUUUCAUUCUCCCUGCCACCUGUACUCACCCUCACGCUCUUUGAAGAAAAAAAAAAUCACGUGUGUUGUAGCUCAUUUGUUUCAAGAGAGAAUCAACGGAUCAUACUCAGUGUCUUGAAUAAAUUGCUCUAUUUUGAUAUUAGAGAA